AUGUCGGCGCGCGCGCACACCCCCGCCCUCGCGCGCGCACGAACGCGUGCGCGCGCGAGCACGUCCGCCAGGGCGACCUCCAAGGGUCCGUCCAGGGAUCUUCGAACCGUGCGGGCGGGCCCGGAGACGGCGACACCGACGCGAAAACAAACUUUUCUGGAUGACUUUGCGAUUUCACUCUUCGCCGCCGCGCUCGCACGAGAGACGCGAACGGACGUCGGCGGUGAUUUUAACGGUGUGCGAGAGGCGUGUUUGGACCUCGUGCGCACGUCAACGUCGGCGCGUGAGACGCGUGCGCGGGCGAUGCGAAUCUUGAAAACGCUCGCGCCGAAGUGGGCGUUCGGCGCGUUUGCGGCGAUUUUGCGGUUGUUUCCGGAUUGGUUCAAAGCGCGGCACGCGGCGGCGGUGACGCCAGUGUUGAUGGGAUGGUUGGUGGGUGACGCCGAGGUGAACGACGGAGGGGAGGGCGUGACGUACGAGGAUGGGGAGAAGGCUCCGACGAGCGCGUGGGCGGCGCUCGAUCCGAACGGCGAACGCGCGCCGGCCGGGUACAAACAAGGGGUUUUGUUGAAGAGGUGUCGCGUGUUGGAGGAGACUGGGUGCGCGGCUGUGUGCGCCAAUGUGUGCAAACAUCCAACGCAGAAGUUUUUCACGGAGGACAUCGGUCUAGCGAUGACGAUGACACCCAAUUACGAGACGUACGAGUGUCAGUUUACGUACGGAGCGAAGCCGAAGGAGGUGGGGGAGGACGAGGCGUUUAAGACGCCGUGUUUCCGGCAGUGCACCGCGAGUACGACGAUGAAGGAGGCGCAGUGUGGAAACUGUUUGGACCCCGACGAGGCGCCGGAGUCGGGGACUGAUUAA